GCAGCGUGCCUCUCGCCGCCACCCGGGGCUCCCUUCCCGCGUCCUCCAGCCCCGGUGGGCAGUUACCUGUCCCCUCCCCCGCGGCCACGCAACUCCCCCCUCCUCCCACGGAGCCCAGCGCGGUGCUCAGCAGCCGGGACUCUUCCCCCGGGCGCCGCGCGCCCGAUCCUGGGAGCCGGCGGGCGGGAUGGGGGGCUCGGGGGCGCGAGCCGGGCUCCGGGUUCCCGCACAAUAGUUGAUGCCCGGGGACCAGUCGCUUCGGCCUCCGCGGCGCAACGGAGCGCGGCAGCUGCGAGGCUGGUGGCGAGCGGCGCUGAUCCCGCCCCGGCGGCCCCUAACGCCGGGCGCUCGGAGCCUCAGAUCUCCGCAGAGGAGGCGGCGAGCGAGCGCGCCCCGACCGUCUGCACGCUUUCUCUUUCUCCCCAGGGAGAGCGCGCGGACGACGCGCCCCGGACGCGCGGCUGCACCGGGAAGCCCAGGCCAAGCGGUUUUGAGAGAUUGCUACAAUUUGGACUCACAAGCAAGAUUUACUGCAAACUUUGAGAUGGAGUGAGGUCAUAUGUCACUAGUGUGGACGCUGGUGUCUUAAGUCUGUGGCCAUGGCACCAGAACAUAGGGGAACAUGGGAUUAUGAUGACCACAGAGCCCCAGCGAUGCAAGUUCUGUUCAGUCUUUUCUGAAGGAAGCCUUCUGUUAGAGUGAAGCACAGGAACUGUUGUGGAUUACAAUGUUUGGAAGAUUUGGGUUUUCAGUCGUCUGAAAACAGGCAUCAUUUAACCUUUUAAAUGAAAAGGCUUAAGAUCUCAACACUACUGCUGUGUUUUCUGGAAGCCAUUCUCUAAAGCAGAAGUGCACAUUUAAAAUGCAAACAUGGUGAUCCUUUCUGCAGGGAUUUAAGUGAUCACGUUUUACAUCAUGACCAGUUUGAAGCGGUCGCAGACGGAAAGGCCUGUCACUGCUGACAGAGCCUCUGUUGUCAGCGCAGAUGGCGCCCCCAAAGUUCACACUGAUGACUUCUACAUGCGUCGCUUCCGCUCUCAGAAUGGCAGCCUAGGAUCAUCAGUCAUGGCUGCAGUGGGGCCCCCUCGGAGUGAAGGGCCUCACCAUAUCACCUCAACCCCCGGGGUCCCCAAGAUGGGGGUUAGGGCAAGAAUAGCAGAUUGGCCUCCAAGAAAGGAAAAUGUAAAAGAAUCCAGCCGUUCAAGCCAGGAAAUAGAAACCUCAAGUUGCCUUGAGAGCCUGUCCUCCAAAGGCAGUCCUGUGAGUCAGGGCAGUUCUGUUAGCCUCAAUUCCAAUGACUCAGCCAUGCUGAAGAGCAUACAGAACACCCUGAAGAACAAGACAGGGCCAGCGGAGAGCAUGGACUCCAGAUUCCUUAUGCCUGAAGCCUACCCCAGUUCCCCCAGGAAAGCCCUUCGCAGAAUUCGGCAGCGCAGCAACAGCGAUAUCACCAUAAGUGAGCUUGAUGUGGAUAGCUUCGAUGAAUGUAUCUCCCCAACCUACAAGUCGGGGCCAUCAUUACACAGGGAAUAUGGCAGCACAUCUUCAAUCGACAAGCAGGGAACAUCCGGAGACAGCUUCUUCGAUUUGUUAAAGGGCUAUAAAGAUGACAGAUCUGACCGAGGUCCAACUCCAACCAAACUCAGUGACUUCCUCAUCCCUGGUGGGGGCAAGGGUUCUGGUUUCUCCUUGGAUGUGAUCGAUGGACCCAUCUCGCAGAGAGAGAACCUCAGACUUUUCAAGGAAAGGGAGAAACCACUCAAGCGACGCUCUAAGUCUGAGACUGGAGACUCGUCCAUUUUUCGUAAAUUACGCAAUGCCAAAGGUGAAGAACUCGGGAAAUCAUCAGACCUUGAAGACAGCAGAUCAGAAGAGUCUGUGAGGCCCUGGACGUGUCCAAAGUGCUUUGCCCACUAUGAUGUCCAGAGCAUAUUGUUUGACUUGAAUGAAGCCAUUAUGAACAGACAUAAUGUGAUUAAGAGGAGAAACACCACGACAGGAGCUUCGGCAGCUGCGGUGGCAUCCUUGGUCUCAGGACCUCUGUCUCACUCAGCCAGCUUCAGCUCUCCCAUGGGCAGCACAGAGGACCUCAACUCCAAAGGAAGCCUUGGUAUGGACCAAGGAGAUGACAAGAGCAAUGAGCUCGUCAUGAGCUGUCCGUAUUUUCGGAAUGAGAUUGGGGGAGAAGGUGAGAGGAAGAUCAGCCUGUCCAAGUCGAAUUCUGGCUCAUUUAGUGGGUGUGAGAGCACAUCCUUUGAGUCUGCCCUCAGCUCUCACUGCACCAACGCGGGCGUGGCAGUUCUCGAAGUGCCCAAGGAAAGCUUGAUGCUGCAUCUGGAGAGAGUGAAAAGGUACACUGUGGAACACGUGGAUCUCGGCGCAUACUAUUACAGGAAGUUCUUCUACCAGAAGGAACACUGGAACUAUUUUGGGGCUGAUGAGAACCUCGGUCCAGUGGCUGUGAGCAUUCGAAGGGAAAAACCAGAAGACAUGAAGGAAAACGGAUCUCCAUACAACUACCGAAUAAUAUUUAGGACUAGUGAGCUCAUGACACUGCGAGGGUCUGUCCUGGAGGAUGCCAUUCCCUCCACGGCCAAGCACUCAACAGCCAGGGGAUUGCCUCUGAAAGAGGUGCUGGAACACGUGAUCCCAGAGCUCAACGUGCAGUGCCUGCGCUUGGCCUUCAACACACCCAAAGUCACAGAGCAACUCAUGAAACUGGACGAGCAAGGGCUCAACUAUCAGCAGAAAGUAGGCAUCAUGUACUGCAAAGCAGGCCAGAGCACUGAGGAGGAAAUGUACAACAACGAGUCUGCGGGCCCAGCCUUUGAGGAGUUCCUUCAGCUGCUGGGGGAACGAGUCCGGCUAAAAGGAUUCGAGAAGUAUCGUGCACAGCUUGACACCAAAACUGACUCCACUGGAACCCACUCUCUGUACACAACUUACAAGGACUAUGAGAUAAUGUUCCAUGUCUCCACCAUGCUGCCCUACACACCUAACAACAAGCAACAGCUCCUGAGGAAGCGGCACAUUGGGAAUGACAUUGUGACAAUAGUUUUCCAAGAGCCUGGAGCACAACCAUUCAGCCCGAAAAACAUCCGAUCUCACUUUCAGCAUGUUUUUGUCAUUGUCCGGGCUCACAACCCCUGCACCGAGAGUGUCUGUUACAGUGUGGCAGUCACCAGGUCCAGAGAUGUGCCUUCUUUUGGACCUCCCAUCCCUAAAGGGGUCACCUUCCCCAAGUCAAAUGUGUUCAGGGACUUCCUUUUGGCCAAAGUGAUUAAUGCAGAAAAUGCUGCUCAUAAAUCAGAGAAGUUCCGGGCCAUGGCGACAAGGACCCGCCAGGAAUACCUGAAAGAUCUGGCAGAAAAGAAUGUCACCAACACACCUAUUGACCCUUCUGGCAAGUUUCCGUUUAUUUCUCUGGCCUCCAAGAAGAAGGAAAAGUCUAAGCCUUACCCAGGAGCUGAGCUCAGUAGCAUGGGGGCCAUUGUGUGGGCGGUCCGGGCCAAAGACUACAACAAGGCCAUGGAGUUCGACUGCCUCCUUGGGAUCUCCAGCGAGUUCAUUGUCCUCAUUGAGCAGGAGACAAAGAGCGUGGCUUUCAAUUGCUCCUGCAGAGAUGUCAUAGGGUGGACUUCCAGCGACACCAGCCUCAAGAUCUUCUAUGAGCGGGGAGAGUGUGUGUCUGUGGAGAGCUUCAUUAGCAGUGAAGAUAUCAAAGAGAUUGUCCGAAGGCUGCAGUUUGUUUCAAAAGGUUGUGAAUCAGUGGAAAUGACUCUGCGAAGAAAUGGGCUGGGACAGCUUGGCUUCCAUGUCAACUAUGAGGGCAUCGUGGCGGAUGUAGAACCCUACGGCUACGCAUGGCAAGCAGGUCUGAGGCAGGGCAGCCGCCUGGUGGAGAUCUGCAAGGUGGCGGUGGCCACCCUGAGCCAUGAACAGAUGAUCGAUCUCUUGAGAACAUCAGUCACAGUGAAAGUUGUCAUUAUCCCUCCUCAUGAUGACUGCACUCCACGGAGGAGUUGCUCAGAAACCUACCGCAUGCCAGUGAUGGAGUACCAGAUGAAUGAAGGCAUUUCCUACGAGUUCAAGUUUCCCUUCCGGAAUAAUAACAAAUGGCAGCGGAAUGCCAGCAAGGGUGCUCAUUCGCCCCAGGUUCCAUCUCAGCUGCAGAGUCCCAUGACUUCACGUCUGAAUGCUGGGAAAGGAGAUGGGAAAAUGCCCCCUCCAGAAAGAGCCGCCAACAUCCCUCGAAGCAUCUCCAGUGACGGGCGCCCACUGGAAAGGAGGCUGUCUCCUGGUUCGGACAUCUAUGUGACAGUCUCAUCCAUGGCUUUGGCGAGAUCCCAGUGCCGUAACUCCCCCAGCAACCUGUCUUCUUCCAGUGAGACUGGCUCUGGGGGUGGAACCUACAGACAAAAAUCCAUGCCCGAAGGGUUUGGGGUGAGCCGAAGAUCCCCAGCUUCCAUCGACAGGCAGAACACCCAGUCAGAUAUUGGCGGCAGUGGAAAAUCCACACCCAGCUGGCAGAGAAGUGAGGACAGCCUUGCCGACCAGAUGGAGCCGACGUGCCAUCUCCCAGCGGUAUCUAAGGUACUGCCUGCUUUCCGAGAGAGCCCCAGUGGGAGAUUGAUGCGGCAGGAUCCAGUGGUUCACUUGUCUCCAAACAAACAAGGCCAUUCUGACAGCCACUACUCCAGCCACUCGAGCAGCAACACGCUCUCCAGCAACGCCUCGAGUGCCCACAGUGACGAGAAGUGGUACGAUGGGGACCGCACGGAGUCUGACCUCAACAGCUACAACUACCUACAGGGCACGUCUGCUGACAGCGGCAUUGACACUGCCUCCUAUGGCCCCAGCCAUGGCAGCACGGCCUCCCUGGGGGCUUCCACGUCCUCACCUCGUUCAGGGCCGGGCAAAGAAAAGGUGGCGCCCCUGUGGCACAGCUCCAGUGAAGUGCUCUCCCUGGCAGAUCGGACCUUAUUAGAGACUGAAGGCCAUGGCAUGGACAGGAAAACAGAGUCCUCCCUGAGCCUGGACAUCCACAGCAAGAGCCAGGGCGGGUCAAGCCCGCUGAGCAGGGAAAACAGCACCUUCAGCAUAAACGAUGCUGCAUCUCACACCAGUACCAUGAGCUCCCGACACUCUGCCAGCCCAGUGGUAUUCUCCAGUGCCAGAAGUUCACCCAAAGAGGAGCUUCACCCCACCACAUCCUCCCAGCUCGCACCGUCCUUUUCCUCUUCUUCCUCAUCCUCCUCUGGACCUAGGACUUUCUACCCUCGCCAGGGCGCCACUAGUAAAUAUCUGAUUGGAUGGAAAAAGCCAGAAGGAACCAUUAACUCCGUGGGAUUUAUGGACACACGAAAGCGACAUCAGAGUGAUGGCAAUGAGAUAGCCCACACUCGGCUUCGAGCCUCAACCAGGGACCUGCGGGCCUCCCCAAAGCCGACCUCCAAGUCCACCAUCGAGGAAGAUCUAAAGAAGCUCAUUGACCUAGAGAGCCCGACUCCCGGAUCACAGAAGGAUUUCAAGUUCCAUGCACUGUCCUCCCCACAGUCCCCGUUCCCCACCACCCCUACCUCCCGGCGGGCCCUGCACAGGACUCUGUCAGAUGAGAGCAUUUACAGCAGCCAGAGGGAGCAUUUCUUCACCUCCAGGGCUUCGCUUCUAGACCAAGCCCUGCCCAACGAUGUCCUCUUCAGCAGCACCUACCCAUCUCUCCCCAAGUCACUUCCACUGAGGAGGCCAUCUUACACGUUGGGAAUGAAGUCAUUGCAUGGAGAGUUCUCUGCCUCGGACAGCUCCCUCACCGACAUCCAGGAGACCCAAAGGCAGCCUAUCCCUGACCCUGGCCUGAUGCCCCUGCCUGAUGCAGCUUCAGACUUGGAUUGGUCCAACCUAGUAGAUGCUGCCAAAGCCUAUGAGGUCCAGAGAGCCUCAUUUUUUGCUGCUAGUGAUGAAAACCAUCGCCCCCUGAGCGCGGCCUCCAACAGUGACCAGCUGGAGGAGCAGGCACUGGUCCAGAUGAAGUCCUACAGCAGCAGUAAGGACUCCUCUCCCACUCUGGCUUCUAAGGUGGACCAGUUGGAAGGUAUGCUGAAAAUGCUUCGAGAAGAUUUGAAGAAGGAGAAAGAAGACAAGGCCCACCUGCAGGCAGAAGUUGAGCACUUGCGGGAGGACAACCUGAGGCUGCAGGAGGAGUCCCAGAACGCCUCGGACAAGCUGAAGAAGUUCACAGAGUGGGUCUUCAACACCAUAGACAUGAGCUAGGGCCAGCUGAGGGGAAACGAGAAAGGGACAGGCUGCUCUAUGUGGGCCCCUAAAGCACCCAUUCACGUCUUGGAAAGUAUUCUCAGAGUCCCCAGCUUCCCAGCCUGUUCAUAUCGGACAGUGCACAGCACAACAAUUGCAGAUCAACAAUCAUUAUCUGCCUUUUUUAGAAAAGAAAAACAAAAAAAUUAAAUAAAAAUUUUAAAAAGUAAAAUAAAAGUUUAACUGCU